AUGCCAACCGUUGUUGCCAGAUCUGAACGAGCCGGUUACGGUGCCUCGUACGUUCAAGAAGAAUAUGACAAUAACUUUUUCAAUAGUGGUGCCUCGGGCGUACAACAAGACGUUGAUGUUUUUAAUUAUCCGUGGGAUAACUGGUUAAACACAUCCCGCUAUAAAUUUGUAUCUGCAUGGACCAAUCAAACAAAUAAAACUGAAGGCGCACAUGCUGCAUUAAAGAAACAGCUCAACACACCAAAAUGCAGUCUAGAAACCCUGGAGAAGAAGGUGGACACCUUGGUACUAAAACAAUAUAUGCAAAUAAAGAAAUGUUUGGAAGAAAGUCACACCAAGCGAAUGAACAGCCACCUUGAGAUUCCUUUGUUUCGCAACCUACUUUGUAAAGUUUCCAUCCAUGCUCUUAACCUACUAGAAAACGAGCUAACACGGAGACUAUCAACGUUGCGGUCAUUUGGAUCAACAUGUGGCUGCCAGCUGUACACGGGUUGUAGGUUGUUAUGUGCCUGUUGUUUGGAGAGAUUGCAAAAUACAGAACAUAUUCAGCUUGAUGGUAUAGACAUUUUCUGGAGAAAACUUGACCUGAAUCCACCAACUUUUGAUGAUGAAGAGAUUGAUGUAGAAAAAGAAUUCGAAGAUGUGAGACAGAAAAUGUGUACCAAACCCCCGCAAGUGAAGAAAAGCAUCAUAUCGAAUAUCAAUGCGGUGUUAAACCCAUUUAUGAGCGACAAAAAACCGCAUGUCGUACAAGAAAACACUCACGGUUGGCCAACGUCCAAGGUCCAACAACAAAGAAGAGAACAACCUGCGAAACUCGCUCAGUUAGGCCUUUCGAACAAAAUAGGUGUGACCAUCCUCGACACAGCUCUUAUGUACAGUUGCAAGAUUCUCUAA